AUGGUCUCCUUGUCUUCUACACAGUUUUCUUUGGUGCCCAGAGUAUGCAGGUGGGACUUAAAUGUUAGUUCCUUCCCAUGUAUGCACUUAGUGAAAAUUCAGGAGUAUAGAGUAAAUAAAAAGGGACUGUUAUCUGUCUCAAGAAACAAAGUUGUUGGUUCAAUACCUCAGGAGAUAUCAGAUGGAGAAGCUGGAGUUGUAGGGGAAAAGACUCGUAAAACGAGAAAACGGGCUUCUGCAAGAACCAGGAAAAAAGUAGUGGAGAGUACGGAUGAGAAUCCUUUAGACAAUGUCAAUGUUAUACGCGAGGAAAGUGUAAUUGCUUCAGCUUCAACAGAGAUUUCAAGGAAGUCGAGCGCUAGAACUCAGAAAAAAGCCUCUCCAACCUCCGACACCUCCGAAGAAGAAACGACUAAGACUGUAACAAGGCGGAGAGGGCCUAAGAAGGAAAAACCCAAAACCAUCGAGGCUGAACUCUCCAAUCUCGACGAAAACCCGUUUUCUCCACCGUCUAACGAAGAGAACGAAUGGGACCUAGAAUUCAACAUCGACGAUGCAGAGGACAUAAGCUUCACGUACGGGUGGCCACCCUUGGUCUGCUGUUUUGGGGCGGUCCAGAACGCGUUCGUGCCUGCGGGCCGGCGGGCCAACAGGCUCAUCGACCAUGAGAUUCACGACUGGAAAAGGGACGUCCUGUGGGUGCCUGAGAAGUUCGUCCGAGCCUCGGGUGGGUGCUCAAGCAAUGUGGCUGUGGCCCUCGCCAGCCUGGGAGGUAAGGUUGCAUUCAUGGGCAAGCUCGGGGACGAUGCCUAUGGCAAGUCCUUGCUUUAUUUCUUGAAUGAGAAUAAUGUGCAGACGAGGUCGGUGCGUAUUGACAAGGAUCGGGCAACGGCAGUUUCCCGUAUGAGAAUCAGGGAGAGAGGUGGUCUGAGGGUGGCAGGUGUGAGGCUGUGCGCGGAGGAUUGUUUGGCUCAGUCGGAGAUUAAUAUUGAUGUGUUGAGAGAGGCAAAAAUGUUCUACUUCAACUCAUUCAGCCUCCUUGACCGAAACAUGAGAUCGACCACGUUACAAGCCAUCAGGAUUGCGAAAAAGCUUGGUAGUGUUGUCUUUUACGAUCUCAACAUCCCGUUGCCACUCUGGCAAUCGUUUGAAGAAACGAAGGCAUUCAUACGGACUGCAUGGGAUUUGUCUGACAUUAUCGAAGUCACCAAACAAGAGUUUGAGUUUCUUUGUGGGAUAACACCGUCCGAAAAUUUUGACACGAAAGAUAGUGAUAAGUCCAAAUUCGCUCAUUAUGCACCCGACAUUGUGAAACAGCUAUGGCACAAAGAUCUCAAGGUUUUGUUUGUGACGAAUGGAACUUCUAAGAUACAUUAUUACACUGAGGAAAAUGAUGGUUUUGUGCAUGGAAUGGAGGAUGCGCCUAUCACACCUUAUACAUCCGACAUGUCAGCAUCUGGAGAUGGUAUUGUUGCAGGUCUUCUGAGAAUGCUGACUGUGCAGCCGCAUCUCAUUUCCGACAAGGAAUACUUGGAAAGAUCUAUUGAGUAUGCGAUUAGUUGUGGAGUAAUAGAUCAAUGGCUGCAGGCCCGAAGACUCGGAUACCCAGCGAAAGAAGGUUCCAGCUUGGUGGAUAAGCUUCAGGUGGAGUUCGAUUUGACUGGGGCUUCAUGUGCUGAUGGAUUGGUUGAGGAUUUGGGAAGCCGACUUCGUAAAAUUGCGCUUUCAGAGGCAGAAAAUCGGAUUUCAGAUUUGAAAGAAGACAAUAUCAAGAUUAGUAAGGUCGAGUGCGAUAGAACUCUGUUUGGAAAAGUUGUAGGUGACAGGAGAGCCUGUUCAAUUGGAAUAAGGAGGGCCAUGGGAAGCAUAUAUGGCAGCUUCAGAGCCAAUUUGAACAGGAGAAGUCGAGGGCGAAUUUGGCGGAGAGCUCCCCGGAGACACGCCACGACCCACAGAGGCAACCUCUGA